CCCGGUGCCGCCGCAUCCCCCCCGUUACCCCCCCUCUUUCCCGGCCCCGCCAUGCGGAGGGACAUGAACGGCGUCACCAAGAGCCGCUUUGAGAUGUUCUCAAACAACGAUGAAGCUGUGAUCAACAAGAAGCUUCCAAAAGAGCUGCUGCUCCGGAUUUUCUCCUUCCUGGAUGUGGUCACUCUGUGUCGCUGUGCUCAGGUUUCCAGGGCAUGGAAUGUUCUGGCCCUGGAUGGCAGCAACUGGCAGCGAAUUGACCUGUUUGAUUUCCAGAGGGAUAUUGAGGGCCGGGUGGUUGAGAACAUCUCCAAGAGAUGCGGGGGUUUCCUGCGGAAGCUCAGCCUGCGCGGCUGCCUGGGAGUGGGAGACAACGCAUUGAGAACAUUUGCCCAGAACUGCAGGAACAUCGAAGUCCUGAACCUGAACGGCUGCACCAAGAUCACCGACGCGACCUGUACCAGCCUCAGCAAGUUCUGCUCUAAACUCAGGCACCUUGACUUGGCUUCCUGCACUUCCAUAACCAACCUGUCCCUGAAAGCACUCAGCGAGGGCUGCCCAUUGCUGGAACAGCUGAACAUCUCCUGGUGUGACCAAGUGACCAAGGAUGGCAUCCAGGCCCUGGUGAGAGGCUGCGGAGGACUCAAAGCCCUGUUCCUGAAGGGCUGCACACAGCUCGAGGAUGAAGCUCUGAAGUACAUUGGUGCCCAUUGCCCUGAACUGGUCACUUUAAACCUUCAAACGUGCUUACAAAUAACAGAUGAUGGUCUCAUUACAAUAUGCAGAGGAUGCCACAAGUUGCAAUCCUUGUGUGCUUCAGGCUGCUCUAACAUUACAGAUGCCAUCCUGAACGCCCUGGGACAGAACUGCCCAAGGCUUAGAAUACUAGAAGUUGCAAGGUGUUCCCAACUAACGGACGUGGGCUUCACCACCCUAGCUAGGAACUGCCACGAGCUGGAGAAGAUGGACCUGGAGGAGUGCGUCCAGAUAACAGACAGCACGCUCAUCCAGCUUUCCAUACACUGUCCUUGCCUUCAGGUUCUGAGCUUGUCCCACUGCGAGCUCAUCACGGACGAUGGGAUCCGGCACUUGGGCAACGGCGCCUGCGCCCACGACCGCCUGGAGGUGAUCGAGCUGGACAACUGCCCCUUGAUCACGGAUGCCUCCCUGGAGCACCUGAAGAGCUGCCACAGCCUGGAGAGGAUAGAGCUGUACGACUGCCAGCAGAUCACUCGCGCCGGCAUCAAGAGACUCAGGACCCAUUUACCCAACAUCAGAGUCCACGCUUACUUCGCUCCUGUGACUCCACCUCCCUCGGUGGGAGGCAGCAGACAGCGCUUCUGCAGAUGCUGCAUCAUCCUAUGACAGCGGCCCUGCUCCUCCAGCAAACUGAGUCUUUCCCCCCCUCUCCUUGUAGGGGCACGGGGGCCACCAGGAUCUCCAAGGAAAGCGAUACCAGUGUCAUUUGCAAGGGGCAGUGAGCAGGGCUGUGGUGCCCCUGUAGCCACCCAUCCCCAUCCAU